ACAGAUGCGGCGCCUGGUGCGAAAUUGGAAUUGCCGAUUGUUACUCAACGCCAAAUCCGGCCAAGAAAUCGUGCAAACUGGAUAUGCCGGCGUCCAUCAGCAGGCCAAGUCCGAGUCCGAAUCCUGUGCCCAGGAGAAAGGCGGAGGAGCACGAGCGGCGGAUAAGAAUGGUUAUGCGGCCAAGCACUGCAUGAGUUUGGUGGAGAAGUACGACCACGAGAACUACCUGUGCACCCUGCUGCUUCCGAGGGAGCUGCGCCGUGCCGCCUUCGCUCUGCGGGCAUUCAACGUGGAGGUCUCCAGAUCGGUCAGCGGUCAUCAAAUCGAGCCGCAAAUAGCUCGAAUGCGACUCAAGUUCUGGCACGACUCCAUAGACAAAUGCUUCGAGGCCGAGACGCAGCGAUCCUAUGCCGAGGACCAGCCCGUCCUGCGCGAACUCAAGCACACGGUGGGCAGCCGCAAGCUGAACAAGGUCUACCUGCGUCGCCUGGUCACGGCACGCGAACGUCCGGCCAGCCAGGGAUUCGAGUCGAUACGCGAACUCGAGGAGUACGCCGAACAGGCCUUCUCCUCGCUGCUGCUCCUGCUUUUGGAGGUGGGCGGAGUGCGGGACCUGCAGGUGGAUCACGCAGCCUCCCAUUUGGGCAAAGCCCAGGGAAUCGCCACCAUGCUGCGGGCCAUUCCGCUUGCGGGACGCCAGCAGGCGGUCUGCGUGCCGCUCGAGGUGCUCGUGCGGCAUGGCGUCAGUCAGGAGCGCAUCAUACGCUCCAAAAGCGACGACAAGGGCGUCGAGGAGUGCAUAUUCGAGGUGGCCAGUGCCGCCAACACGCACCUAAAGCUCGCCCGGCAGCUCCACGAGCAGGUGUCGCCCCAGGUGCGCAAGAUCUUCCUGUCCGCCGUGGCCACGGAUGCCUAUCUGGAGCGCCUGCGUCGCGCCAACUUCCUGCUAACCCACAAGAGCUGCGUAGGACGCGACUCCCUGCUGCCCGCACGUCUUUUCUGGAAGUCCCUGCUUAAUCGCUACUGAUGGCAGUUAAUUUAGUAGUAGUUUAGGCUUAAUGCCUCAUUGUUGACUUCUUUAAUUAAAACUGUUUUAAAAUGACUGUAAAGAAAAUCUCUGGUAUCGAUGGAAUCAUUUUUCUCAAGUUCUUAAAGCUACAAGAGUUAAUUUUUUAAUUUA